AUGGUUGAGGUUCUCUCCUACACUAAAGUAGUUGUUGGAAGAAGUGUAGGUUUGUGUGCGGAGGGGAACUUCAUCUCUUUUGGAUGUGGGCUUGGAGAAUGUUGGUUUAGUAGUCUGAUGAGGGAAAGAACAAAUGUUAGGAAAGACGUACAUACUAUACUAAUCAAGGGUGUUUUACGAAUGAUACAGGGGAGUAAGAGGACUAUGGAUUUUCUGGAACUUGAAACACAGCAGCUGUUACACAAUUUUGAGGAGUUUGAAAGAGAGUUUUUAGCACCUUAUGAUUCAGAGUCAGUAACAAAGCUGAAUUCAGGAAAAAAUAUGUCUUGGAUAGAAGAAAUGGAGCAGGAAUUUGUUUCAAAUCAGCUGAAUGUCAGAAAGUUUCAGGCUUCAGGUUCCAACCCAUCAAUAUGGAAGCAGCUUGAGAUGUUGUCCAACCAAAUUCAUGAAACUUCAGACCUCAACCCACCACCACUGAUACAAGGCUUGGAUGUCGAGUUCCCUAAUCAAGCCAACGAUUCUAAUGACCCAUUAAUCUUCCCAGUUUCCUUAAGCUCUGACCUUAUAAUGAAACCCUGUAAUGAAGAGAACCUAAACAAGAACAUCGAUUAUAUUGAGCUGAGUGACACUACUACUACUACUACUACUACUACUACUACUACUACUACUACUACUACUGAGUCCUCAGAUUUCAGCCUAAAGAACCUAAACAUGGAUAUCGAAUCAGCAACUCAAAUUCACAACAUUGCAUAUCCGCCCACACCAUCAUUAACACUACUGGAAGAGUUGGGUUAUGAGCUAACUAAAGAAAUGAACUACACUAAUGAUCCACUAAUCAUAGGAUCCUCAUGUUCAGUACCUCCUGAUGACCUAAUUAACUUGGAUGAAUAUCAUCUUCCACCAUUGGAUCCUUCAUUCUUAGCAUGUAUUGAUUUUGAGAUACCAGCUAGUCUACAAAUGGAAAUGGACAAGACAUCUCACAUAAACAAAGCCACUACUGAUUAUGGAGAUGAAUUUGCUAAGAAAGUGGAUGGAAAUUUGAGGAUUCUUCAACAAACAAUCAAGAGAACAAGCCAGUGUAGCGACAUAAGGGAGAAAGGGAUAUGUUGUGGAGGCAAAUGCUGGAGGUAUGUGGAGAGCAAGUUGAGUUCCAUGCAAAAUAUCCCUAGAGGAAGGAAGAGAAAAGGCUUUGAGCUUACGCCUGAUCAAAUUAGCCUUACAAAACAGCGUCAAAAGAUCAGAAACAGAGAAUCUGCUGCUGCUGCUUACAAAAAAAUAAAGGCUCACAUCGAAAAGCUAGAAACGCAAAUUAUGGAACUUAAGACAGAGAAUAAGCUAAGAAGAAACUUGAUAAAGUUUAUGGAAGGUGCUUCUCAAAUACCACCGGAGAAGCGAUCUUUUGGUAUUAGAACCACAUCAGGAUCUAUAUGAGUAUAUGACAUUCACAGUAAACUGAAGAAACACUUGGCCUAAGCUAGUGUUAUUGUUAAAGGAGCCAAGGAAGCAAGAUACAUACUAGUGAUGCAUUGUUACCAUCAAAUAGUACGAUAACACCUACUUGACACUGCUAAUCUUAACUCUUAAACUUCCUGAGGUUAAUUAGUGAUGUACGAGUAAACAUAAAAAUAAAAAAAAAACAUUAUUUCACAAGUCCAAAAACUCGUAUUUGAAAGGUGCAUAGCAUGCUAUUAGAUUAAAAUUAUACCACAU